AUGCAUAAUUUAUUAGGAUUACCCACCGAAGUUAUUCUGUGGGUUUUCGAGAGCUUCGAUAGCGUCACAGACGCGCUUCACCUGUCUCAAUGUUGCAAAAAUUUGAACGGAUUAUUCAACCACCCAAGAUAUCAAGCAAAGAUAUUAGAAUCAAUCGUAAUAGGUGACCAAUUACCUCUUCCGAAAAGCCCUGACGCCAGUUGGCUUGAAGCCCACUUCGGGGCGGGCUCGCUCUGGAAACCCACUGAAUCGGAGCUUCCCGCCAGGCUCACAGAUGCAGACACGCGGAGAUUUCUCACAACUGUUGGGUUUCCAUUAGUCCAGUGUACUGGUAUCCAAUGGGACCCAAGUGGAUUGAAGAAGAGUGUAGAUGCCGGUGAUGAGCUCUAUGCAUACGAUGCCGAUGAAAUAUUUGGCCGUCGGUGGGCGGAUGACGACUCCCCGCCAGUCAACUUCUGUUAUAACUUCGGUUGUAUUGGUGGCGAUGCCGUGGUGAUGGUAGAUGCUGAGGAUGGUCUUAUCAUUCACUACGACUUAGGCGGUUACGGUGACCAGGCUGAUAGAGGUUUGAUUGCGAGUUCCCUGCCUUCGCUGUUGGUGCUCUUAGGGACGAUAGAGACGGUCAUCAAGCGAAUAGGGGAGGAACCACAGGGGCUGAGUUGUGAAGCAUUUGAAAAUCUUCGAACCACGAUCUUUUGUCAAGUACGCAAGAUAAUGGCGGAUUAUGAUGAUUGUUUUGAAGGCGACUCUCGCUUUUGGAAUGAGUUACUCGAAUAA